GAUGAUGCGGCUGAGCGGCCGGCACGGACUGAAUGCAUCAUUGGUCCUUACAUAGACGUAUAUUUUACACUUGCCUUGUCUUAGUUUCUUGCCAAAAAAAAAGAAAAUUGCUGUUUGAUGUGGAACUGUAAUAGAAACUGAUUAGCAGUGAGAGAAGAAGAGGAAGAAGAGGAAGAAGAGGAGCGCAGCAGUGACUGAGAGGAGUUGGGCAUCAAAUUGCACCGGAUGUCAUUACACGCUCUUAAAUAUCUAUAAUCAGGACCAAAGGCAGAGCCAUGGAGGCCGUAACACAUCUGGUGAAUGACACUGUAGAAUUUUACAAAUGGGGCCUUACUAUAGCAGACAAGAGGGUGGAGAGCUGGCCGAUGAUGUCGUCUCCCAUCCCCACUCUGGCCAUCAGCUGCCUGUACCUGCUCUUCCUGUGGGCGGGGCCUAGAUACAUGCAGGACCGGCAGCCCUACACGCUCAGAAAGACCCUCAUAGUCUACAACUUCAGCAUGGUGGUCCUCAACUUCUACAUCGCCAAAGAGCUCCUACUAGCAUCUAGAUCAGCCGGGUACAGCUACCUCUGUCAGCCUGUCAGCUACUCCAACGAUGUCAACGAAGUCAGGAUAGCAUCUGCUCUCUGGUGGUACUACAUCUCCAAAGGAGUGGAAUUCCUGGACACCGUCUUUUUCAUCCUGAGGAAGAAGUUCACCCAGGUCAGCUUCCUCCACGUCUACCAUCACUGCACCAUGUUCAUCCUCUGGUGGAUCGGCAUCAAGUGGGUCCCCGGUGGACAAUCAUUCUUUGGUGCAACCAUCAACUCCUCCAUCCACGUUCUCAUGUACGGAUACUACGGACUGGCAGCUUUGGGACCUCAUAUGCAGAAGUACCUCUGGUGGAAGAAAUACCUCACCAUUAUUCAGAUGAUCCAGUUCCACGUGACCAUCGGCCACGCUGGCCACUCCCUCUACACAGGCUGUCCGUUCCCCGCAUGGAUGCAGUGGGCUCUGAUUGGCUACGCCGUCACCUUCAUCAUCCUUUUCGCCAACUUCUACUACCACGCGUACCGACGCAAACCCUCCUCCUCCGCGCAGAAGGGAGGCAAGCCCGUGGCAAACGGCACCUCCACGGUAGCUAACGGUCACAGCAAAGUGGAGGAGGUGGAGGAUAACGGGAAGAGGCAAAAGAAAGGAAGAGCGAAGAGGGAGUAAAGACGGAAGAGGGAUUGCUCGGCGAUUAAAUACAAAAAAAAAAGACAGUUGUUUUUCAGGGGCCAGAGAAGGAGGGUGGGUAGGGAUAAACAGAAACCAGACUGGCUUCAUCGUUCCUGCACGUAAUGUAGAAAGAUGUGAUUUGUGACCAACUUGGAGAGGUGGAAGGCUAGAAGUGUGUGUUUGUGUCUGUAAGGGGUUUUGAGAGGAAGAGAGGUGUGUUGGUUGUCUCCAUUAACAAGUACGAUGCUGAUCAUGUAGGCUCCGUGCUCUUCUGUCCGACUGGCUUUUGGACCAUAACAGGACCAAAAUAUUAAAGGACCUACAUCCUGCUCAGCAUCCACUAACUUAUCAACCAAAAAUUCACCUCCGACUUUUGUACUCUUGAUUCCAGUAUUGUUUUAACUGAAAGCUUAAAUAGUCUUUAAUAUGCUAAUUUAUUUUCUAGUGCUCUAUAAGAGUUUUAAUGAAUUUUACUUUUACCAACAAACCGACAUGCAGAUGCAUUUGUUCUUGGUUCGGGUGGGGUACAUUUAUGUUUACUCAAACUUAGAGUUGAGAAAAGUUAGCGAACCAAAAAGAAAUAAUCACAGUACGACAUUUCCACAACUGCCAUUUACUGUAUUUAAGUACUUUUUAUUCAUUUACUUCAC